GGUUGUGUUUUUAAAAAUUGGUUUGAUUUAUCAGCUGUUUUGUAGUGAAUGUUGACUGGUUUCAGUGUUUUAAUGAAUUUUAUAGCCAUGUGCAGAUUACCAUGGGUGCAAUUGCAUCUGUAUUACAGUGGCAUUGCAAAUCUUGUAAUUUGAUUAAUCCUACGGAAAAAAGAAAAUGCAUUAGAUGUGGAAUUUUGAGGGAGACAACCCCAAAAAGGGAUUGUUUAGAUAAUUCUGAACCCUUUGACUUCAGCAAAAGUAAAAAUUGUACCGUUAUUAGACGAUACAAGGCUACAAAUAACUCAUUGUUAGAUAUUGAUAGUGGUUUAGAGAAAAAGAACUGCACUGCUUUAGUUAAAAAUACUCUCGUCAAUAGCUUAAUUUUAAUUAGGCAAAAAAAACUAAAAAAUUUAAAAUCACAUUCCCUUAUUCCAAAGUCACCAAGUCUGCCAGACUUAUGUUGUUUGUUAUUUUGUAAAGAAUGCCAACUGUCUUUCAACAAUUCAACUUUAUUCUAUUGCUUGCUGUGUGAUAACCAGCUAGAAAGGAUGAAUGCUAUUGAAUCACCAUGCAAGUUGUGCUCUGUAACUCCAAAAUACAGAAACUACGAAAUAUUAAAUUAUGAAAGGUGCAAAUGUCAGAACAAACCAAUAAAUCUAGUUUCACUAUCGAACAUAAAAAGUUUAAGUUGUUCAGUAGCCCAAGACAAUAACUGUGAUAAACCCAUAGACGGUGUUCAACCAACUAACGUAAGAACUACAGCAAGUGGAAUCCAUAGUGAUUCUUCUGGGAGCAGUUUCUGGACAUCUAAAAGUACUGUACCCUCUUCUACAUGGACAUGUAAAAGAUGUACACUAUUGAAUAGUGCUAGUUCUUCUAUUUGUGAGGCCUGCGAAGCACAUUAUUUACCUGAUUUGAACAGUAAUAUUAGCCCAAGUGUAAUUAUUAAGGUGGACAAUUGGGCAGAUAAUGAAGCUCUCCGAAAUCCUACACAAAAACCUUUUUACCGAAGAUCUUUCUCGGAACUGCCAGCGUCACCAAAUCGCUUACCUAAUUUGAAUCGUCGAAGUUUAGAUAGCGAAAUUUUGCAGUUAAAUAUACCGAAAUCAAGUAAUUCGAUGACUAACAUACAAUCAUCAAGAACCAACUUCGGGCCUCUUAAUGUUCCACUAAGAAGUAGAAAUUUCAAUCGAAGCACAAGUGAUAUUAGUGACGCCAGUGUAAAUAGUACUGUGUAUACGUAUAUAGGCAUUACGGAACCCGAAAAGGAAAAACUACAUUUUUAUGAAAACCAUAGUAUCGUCAACGCUCACAAGAGAGCAAAUGAAUUUAGUCCUGAACAGCACGAGAAAAUUCUUACAAUACUACAAAAGAACAAUCCCUUACCCACAUCGUGGACAAUAAAUGAAAGGAGGUGGAUUUGCAGACAGUGUUCAUUUGCCUACAAUGAUUUAAUUGCGGAUAGAUGUGACAUAUGCAAAAGUUUUAGAUCACCCCCAUCUUUAAAUCAACCUUCGACUAUCACAGUGACCGAAGAGAGGACAAGCAGUGGUCCUUCUCCUAUUCCAGCGAACUGGAUAGACUCCAACGAUUUACAAGUUCCCAUAGCCACUCUGGACCAAGACCUUGAAGAUGAUUUUCAGCUAUUUCCAGGUAUUGAAUCGUCGCCUGGUUCGUCAGAUGAACAAAAAUGGACCUGCAAAAAGUGCACUUUGGUAAACCGUGGUUGUGCGUUAGUCUGUGAGGCGUGUUAUGGUUCCAAAUUAAAGUCCCUGACAAUAAACCAUGAUAUGACCUUAAAGAAAGGCGAAUUUUGGACAUGUUCCAAGUGCACUUUAAAAAAUCCACUCACGUCCACUUCUUGUAAAGUUUGUAAGACCGAAAAUUCGUUUGACAGAGAAAGAUCUGGUCAGUCAAGGAGUCCAUCGCCCUUGCACGGAUCAAGACAAUUAAAUAAAAAUGGAAAAGCCGGUAACGUGAAACCAUUGCCCGUUAAGGGCAAAAUUAACUUGCACACCGAUAUGGAUUUAGGUUGUGUUCCCAAUACAUCCCGACAAUGCCAAGUGUGGACAUGCAUGAUUUGUACCUUUGAAAAUACCAAAUCUCAAGUUAUCUGUGAUAUGUGUCAAAAACUACGUAUUGAUGCUAGUUCGGUGCCACCAGAAGAUCCUCCCAGGCUCAGCCAGGAGGAGCUUAGUAACAAACAUUGGAACUAUAUUGUUAGGUAUUGUAAGUUGAAGAAACAGAGUUACAUAGAUGAUGAUUUUCCACCCAUGCAGUCCAGUUUAUACUACAAUCCAUCAGAAGUUAAAGAAGGGCAUACAGUUAAGUGGAGGAGAUUAAGGGACAUCAUAGUGGAAGAGAACAAAGACUUACCCUGGGCUGUGUUUCGAACCCCACAACCGUCAGAUAUAUCACAAGGCGUAUUGGGAAACUGUUGGUUACUGAGUGCCUUAGCUGUAUUGUCAGAAAGGGAGGAGCUUUUAAGAGCCAUCUUAAUCACCAGGAGUCAUUGUCCUCAAGGCGCUUACCAAGUGAGGUUGUGUAAGGAUGGAGUAUGGACGACUGUUUUGGUAGACGAUUACUUUCCCUGCGAUAAAAGGGGCCACUUGCUAUAUUCCCAGGCGAAAAGGAAACAGCUCUGGGUACCGCUAAUAGAGAAGGCUGUAGCUAAAAUCCAUGGCUGUUACGAAGCACUCGUUUCCGGUAGAUCGUUAGAGGGUUUGGCAACGUUAACAGGGGCCCCCUGCGAAUCUAUACCCUUGCAAGUGUCAUCGUUUCCGUCAAAUGAAGAAGAAUUGGAUACGGACCUUAUUUGGGCUCAGUUGCUUUCUUCACGUCAAGCGAUGUUCUUAAUGGGAGCCUCUUGCGGUGGCGGCAACAUGAAAGUGGACGAAGUGGAAUAUAACACAAAAGGGUUAAGGCCAAGGCACGCGUAUUCGUUGUUGGACGUGCGCGAUUUCGAAGGUUACAGGUUGCUUAAACUGAGAAAUCCAUGGGGCCAUUUCGUCUGGAAAGGUGACUGGUCGGAUAACUCUACGGUCUGGAUGAGACAUUUACGCGACGAACUAAUGCCAGACGGGCCUCAAGACGGAACCUUUUGGAUAUCGUUUAACGACGUCCUAAAAUAUUUUGACUGCAUCGACAUUUGCAAAGUCAGAAGCGGUUGGAACGAAGUGAGACUGAAUGGAAUUUUGCCGCCCGUGGCCAGUCAGAAACAUCUCUCUUGCAUAUUGUUGACCGUUUUGGAGCCUACCGAGGUUGAUUUCACUCUCUUUCAGAAAGGCCAAAGGAAGUCUGAAAAAUCUCAGAGGUCUCAGUUAGAUUUGUGUGUGGUUCUUUUCAAAGCCCGGUCGGGAACUACCAUAGGAAAUCUAGUAGAACACAGCAAACGUCAAGUUAGAGGUUUCGUGGGGUGCUGUAAAAUGCUGGAACCUGGAGAAUAUGUUGUGGUACCGCUCGCUUUCAAUCACUGGCACACUGGGUUGGACGAAGUUACCGCAUACCCAAAAUACGUCUUGGCUAUUCACAGUUCAAAGAAAGUUUUAGCCGAGCACAUCACGCCUCCAAAUUAUAUUUUGGCAGACUCCAUUAUAUCGUUAACGUUAGCGAGAGGCCAAAGACACGAGGGCAGAGAAGGUAUGACGGCGUAUUACUUGACAAAAGGUUGGGCGGGUCUGGUGGUCAUGGUCGAGAAUCGGCACGAAAACAAGUGGAUACACGUCAAAUGCGAUUGUCAGGAGAGCUACAACGUCGUGUCGACCCGCGGAACUUUGAAAACAGUAGACUCGGUGCCACCUCUAACUCGCCAAGUCAUAAUUGUUUUGACGCAACUCGAGGGUAGUGGCGGUUUUUCUAUAGCACAUAGGCUAACUCAUAGACUUGCAAAUUCUCACACUUUGCAUGAUUGGGGCCCACAGGGAGUUUGCCACGUUCCUGAAUUGGAUCACCAGACUACCGGGUUGCAUUCACCUCGAUUAUUCUGAGGGGGUUAAUAACACAGUAUUUGUAUCUUCUUAAGGAGUUUUAGCGUUUAGUUUCAAUGCACUGAUAGUGUAAUUUGAGUAUUAUGUUGAAUUUGAUACCUUGGUUUUGUCUGUUUUGUUUGUUGUUAAAUGAUUUAUUAGGCUUUGGCAAAAUUAUAGAAUAAAUUUUGGGAAAUUAUUGUUUACUGGAUUAUUUCGUCGGGAAACAACGUUUGGGUAAUAUUUUAAACAAUUAUUUGUAAAACCAGGUAGGGCUAUCGUUAGAAAGCAACGUGUGUUUGGAAUUUUGCUGUUAAUUUCCUGAAUGAAUGAAUUGCAUGAUAGGUUGAUAAUUUAUUUUUAAUUUGUUUUAAUUUUGUUCUCUGGAUUAAAGACAAACAUGUAUUUGAUCAUGUUUUUUGUACUAAAUUUUAAAGAGAUACCAUCGGUUCUUAGAUACUACAUAUUAUAAUUAUUAGAAAUUCGAAUGUGAUAGUUAAUGUAAAUGCAAUUUUAAAUUGUUUCAAGGGCUAGUUUCGAAUAUUAAAUUGAAUUAUUUUUUUAAGAACUUGUUGAGUUGGCAGAUUUAUAUCCACAGUGUGAAUUAUUUGUUCAUGAACCUGUUCAUUUAUUUUCAUCAGUCACAUGUUUUGUCUGAAUUUUAUAAAAUAGUUCAAACCGAUUGAAACGCCUAUUGAAGUAAUAUUUUAGUUCCACCAUCGCCAUCAAGGUCUAGGCGCUCUAGAUUGAUUUGAAAUUUGGUACUGGACUGUAAAAAGUAAUACAUUUUUUAACUUGGUAGGGGAGCAACUUUCCUUUUUUACAUAUUGUAUAUGCUCGGGUUUCUUUAAAAAUCGGUGAGGUUCAUGAACACAUAGUAAUACUUUUUUUACUUGAAUCUCCACAAAUUGUUAAUUUAAAUUAUACAUAUAUUAAAAUAUGUUAAAUGUGACAUUACACAUUAUUAUGCACUCCAAUUAUUUUUAAAAAAUACUUGUUUUAAUGGGCCUAUACUUUACAAACUUUUGUGAUAGCAGAAAUACAGAUUUUCGUUUAUAA